AUGGACGAGUACGCGCCUAGUGGUCAGUCAUCUCAGGCAUCGGCUGCCCUAGCCAUCGUUGGGUUUGCCUUCGAAUUUCCGGGUGAUGCUACCUCUCCAGAAAAGUUCUGGCAGAUGAUCCAGGAAGGCCGGUCAGCCGGCUCUGAGUUUCCAGAAGACAGGCUCAAUAUCGAUGCAUACUAUCACCCUGAUGCCAGUCGCCCUGCUACUCUCCCUGUCCGUGGGGGUCAUUUCGUGAAAGAACCCAUUGCGGCAUUCGAUGCACCCUUCUUUUCCAUCAGUCCCGGCGAGGCCGCUUGUAUGGAUCCGCAGCAUAGAAGACUCCUCGAGACAACUUACCAUGCUUUGGAAGAUGCUGGUAUUUCCAUUGACCAAUGCGCCGGCUCGGACACAUCGGUGUAUACCGGGUGCUUCACUAAUGACUACCUGAGCAUAUUACAGCAAGACCUUGAGUCGGAGCAACGGCAUGCUGUAAUGGGAGUGGCCCCGUCCAUGCUGGCGAAUCGUAUAAGCUGGUUUUUCAACUUGAAGGGUACCUCGAUGAACCUGGAUUCAGCAUGUUCGAGUAGCCUCAUAGCGCUACAUCUCGGUUGUCAAGAUCUCCGCGCAGGCAACUGCUCUAUGGCGUUGGUAGGAGGGGCGAAUCUUGUAUAUCAUCCAAACUUCAUGAAGAUGAUGACUGAUUUCAACUUCUUGUCCAAGGAUAGUCGAUCAUGGAGUUUCGACGCCCGGGCGAACGGGUAUGCCCGAGGGGAGGGCCAUGCCAUGCUCGUCGUGAAGCGAUUGGAUGAUGCGUUGCGAGAAGGGCACACGAUCAGAGCAGUCAUCCGCAAUACCGGCUCCAACCAAGAUGGCCGAACACCAGGGAUUACCCAGCCCAGUGCUGAGGCUCAGCUUGAGCUUAUCCGGCGCACAUACAACCAAGCAGGUCUGGACUUUGGUCCAACCCGCUUCUUCGAGGCUCACGGAACGGGGACGCCGGUUGGUGACCCCAUCGAGGCCAGUGCCAUUGGUGCUGCCUUCCACAAACACCGCUCGAAAGACGAUCCUCUUCAUAUCGGUGCUGUGAAGGCAACGAUAGGUCAUUUAGAAGGCUGCAGUGGACUUGCCGGGGUGAUUAAGACGGUCAUGGUCCUGGAGAAGGGCGUCAUUCCUCCCAUUGCAAGCUUCGAAACCAUCAACAGCAAGAUCGACGAGGAAGCAUUACAUCUGCACUUUCCUAAACAAGCCGUUCCAUGGCCAGUUAAGACACUCCGUCGCGCGUGUGUAAGUCGGAGCCAGCAAUUUCCCAACCUCUCGAGAGUAUUUUCCAUUGCUUACAUGCCUCAGGUAAACUCAUUCGGGUUUGGUGGCACGAAUGCGACUGUCAUCCUCGACGACGCCUACAACCAUCUCAAGACACAUCGUCUUUCUGGAUUCCAUCAAACGCGGUCUGGAUCCGGGGCCACUCAGGCGGGGAUGGAAAAGGUCGUCAACGGACUAAAUGGGAAUGAAGAUCGCAAGGACUCUCGGCUAAGAUUACUUGUAUGUUCGGGCACGGAACGAAACAGCUCACGAGAUCUGCUCGAACUCUACCGUGGAUAUCUCAAACGUCAACCAGUGAUUUGGGACGACUUGGCCUUUACACUGGCUCAACGAAGGAGCCAUUUCUCGUGGCGCUCUUUUGCUGUAGCUGGGCCAAAGGUCAUUCCUCCAGCCCCGGAAGAUGCGUCGUUCGUUGGGCCUAUCAAAGCACUGCCUGGUGGCCCCAGGAUUGCGUUUGUUUUUACCGGGCAAGGCGCGCAGUAUCUUGGCAUGGGCAGAGAGCUGAAGGUCUUCCCAGUCUUCCUUGAGAGUCUAAGAUCAAGUGGACAGUUCUUGAAAGCCCUAGGGUGUUCUUGGUCACCUGUCGAUAUCAUCUUUGACGAAAUCAAGGAGCACCCGGUCAACAGCCCAGAAUACAGCCAGCCUCUAGUCACCUGCCUUCAGAUAGGACUAGUAGAUCUUCUCAAGAGCUUCGGUGUAUCUCCAUCAGCAGUCUUGGGACAUUCUUCUGGAGAGGUCGCUGCUGCCUAUGCCUGUGGCGCGCUAUCACAUCAGGCUGCUGUUAGAGUUGCCUACCACCGCGGCAUGGUGUCUGCUCACCUCGCGGCGACGACAAAGGACAACCAGCUGACAAUGGUAGCAGUCGGUCUGUCAAGAGAAGAGGUCAAGACCUACCUAAACCGCCUCCACAAAGACGAGUCUUGUCCACCCGACAUCGAGAUUGGCUGCGUAAAUAGCCCGAAAAGCAUCACAUUGACUGGGCGGUGGGAAGCGCUAUCGAAAGUUGAACAGUGGCUGAACGAGGAUCUCCGGUUUGCACGCCGUCUUCGCGUCCCGGUUGCCUAUCACUCGCACUUUAUGAGACAAGUCGCAGACGAGUACCGCAAGUCCCUUUCUCAAACUCUCGAGGCUGGCGGUUGCUGUCAGGUCCCAAUGGUCUCCUCGGUCACGGGGGAUGUCCUGGAGCCUGAGCGACUACUUGACGGGGAGUAUUGGGUGCGGAAUCUUACAUCCACGGUCGAGUUCGAGCUGGCCUUCUCGAAAGUCGCCCAUCCGGGGAACAAGAAGCCGAGAGCCCGGCUGGGGAAAAAGAACACGGCCAAGGAUCUUCUCGCCACUCAUGUGCUCGAGAUCGGACCGCACAGCGCACUGCAAGCCCCAAUACGGGAUUGCCUCGAGCAGUUUUCUGGCUCAUCGCCUCGGCUCACUUAUAUCUCCUCUCUCGUUCGUGGCCGUAGUGCAGACAUGGCCCUUCUCGAGGCCGUCGGCGCCCUGUAUUGCGCUGGGUGCCCUGUCGAUCUGCUGCGAGUGAAUGGCCUGGAGAACUCUGCGCGUCCUGCUCCGCCCAACAUGCCGGCCUACCCCUUUAAUCACUCACAGCUGCACUGGAAGGAAGGUCGGCUAAGCAAGAACCUCCGAUUUCCCAGUGUGCCUCGCCACGAUCUGCUUGGGUCGCGCAGCCUGGACUGGAACGCGCAAAUCGCGCAGUGGCGUAAUGUCAUCAGACUGGCUGAGGUGCCUUGGUUAGAGCACCACACGAUCAAUGGUCAGAUCAUCUUCCCUGCCGCGGGCAUGAUUGCGAUGGCUUUGGAAUCCAUGAUGCAGGUACAUGGCAAUAGAUCGACCCUUAUCGGUCUUUAUGUCGAAGAGGCUGCCUUUUCUCAUGCCAUUGCGUUGCCCCGGGGGGCUGACCAAAUCGAAACCCAAUUUACUCUAUCCACCCCAGCCAGCACAAGAAAGGGCCGAGGGGUCACCCCAUCCGAGUUCAGGUUGUUUAUCAUUGAGAAUGGCAGCUACAUCGAAUGCUGUAGUGGAACUAUUCGUUCUGUUGUGGAUCGCCACGAUCGAAACCAGAUAGUAUCGUCCUACUCGUGGCCUGGGACUGAAGAUCAUAGCACCUGGGCCACCGGUAUCACUCGCUCAUGCGAGGGUCCUGUGCAUAAUAUAUACGACAACCAGGAUCCGGAGGGCAUUAUUUACGGGCCAUGCUUUCAGAAUGUGAAAGAAUUUCGCCCCAGUUUUGGUGGGAAGGCCACUGCCCAGAUUGGCACUGAAGCGUGGAAGGCGAAGAUGCCCAAACACUCUUCGUUUCCGAACUAUCCCAUCCACCCAACUACACUUGAUGGCCUUGCCCAACUGCUUGUGCCAGCCCUCUCCCACGGUGAGAAUACUUCUGGGUCACUCACUAUGAUGCCAGUCCACGUGGACAGCCUUUGGGUUGACUGCGAGGGCUUGGAUUCACAAGGAAGCGAACUGAGUGCCUAUGGCUCCUUUCAGAUGCAAGGACAAAGAAGAGCCGAAGGUAAUGUAAUAGCCACCUCCAGCGGCUCUACUAGCCCGGUUAUCAUUAUGAGUGGUCUACGAACAAAGGUGAUUAGCAAUUCAACAGAAACUCCUGUUAAAGUCAUACGACCGCUCUGCCAUCGGAUUAUUCAGAAGCCUGAUAUUAGCAUGAUGAGCCACGACCAAGUUCUUGCUUAUUGUACCAGUAACAGGCCAAAGCAAGAUGAUGAAAUCAUAAGCAAGCAACGAAUCAAAAUCCUUGCCCUUUUGGCCUUCAUCAAGGAUGCUCUCGAGUUCUUAGAUGUCCAUGAUUCUCUGCCAUCAGAGAGCCAUCUUCAAUCCUACGCAGGCUGGAUGGCCUACCAACUUCAGCUGAUGUUGGAGGGAGAAUCACCAUUUGGCAUUGAUGAUUUGAACACAUUUCUGGGUGAUGCGGAAAUCCGCGAGGCGAGAAUUCGACAGAUCACAGAGUCCGAUACUGAAGGUCUGUUGCUCAUGACGCUUGGCCGUAACUUGGCCAAGAUUUUAUCAGGAAGCGUGGACCCGCUGGCCAUCAUUUUCGACAACCGUCUUGCCGACCGUUAUUACGAAGAAAUGCUUGCAAGUGACCACCACGCCUAUCCAGUAUGUGAGUUUGUGGACUUGCUGUCAUUCAAGAACCCGUCUAUGAAGAUCCUCGAGGUUGGUGCCGGAACUGGUGGGAUUACUACUCGUCUUCUCGAAGCAAUGAGCCAGGACGGAAUCUUGAAGUGGUCUCAGUAUGACUUCACGGAUAAAUUUUCGGGCUUCUUCUCCCUGUCGAAAGAUAAAUUUGAGAAGUAUGCGCACUUGAUGAAGUUUGAAGUCUUGGAUAUCUCAAACGACCCGCAGGCUCAAGGGUUCGAGCCCAGUAGCUACGAUCUCAUAGUAGCAUCGCACGUUCUGCACGCCACGCAGGAUAUCGAUAUAUCUCUCAAAAACAUCAGAAAGCUCCUGAAACCAGAUGGGACGCUUUUGCUCAUAGAGACCACAUCACCAAAUGUAACACAGAUUGGUUUUAUCUGGGGUCUGUUGAAGGACUGGUGGAAACCAUUGGAGCAUGAAACACGAUCCGUUCAUAGCCCGCUGCUGACCGCUGAUCAGUGGGAUCAUUGUCUCAAGCGAGCCGGCUUUUCAGGCGUGGACGUCAAUAUCCCGGGCCAAGCAGAUGGCACCUUGAGGUAUAGCAGUAUCAUCAUCUCGGGGAUUCGUUGCUUGAAGCCAAAACUGCCUCAAAAUCUGCCAGAUAUUCACCUGAUAGUAGAUCGUGGGAUAUCUUCGCAAGAUUGCGUAGCUGAACUGAUGGCUCCAACAUGCAAUGUAUGGUCAUGCGAACAAUUCGCGCAAGCUGAAACCCUGGUGUCAACCUCAAUGGUCACGGUGUUUCUCGUUGAGCUUGAUAACAUACUUCUGGAUGGUAUCCAAGCAGACGACUUUAGGCACUUGCAAGCGGCACUGUCACGUUCCAAACGGGUUCUAUGGGUGACCCGGUCAUCUGGUACUGACGACCCAAGGCAUCAUAUCGUAGACGGAUUGGGCCGGGUCUUGAUGUCGGAAGACUCAACGUACAAAUUCUCAACCCUCAACCUUGACGAUUUACUGGAGAGUCCGGAAAGAAUUGUAUCACGUUUAUUAACGGUCUCGACGGAUCUUGUUGAAAGAUCUGUGGAAAGUGUCGAGACCAACUUCACAUCCCAGAACGGUUUGGAGAACAUCAAUCGCAUCACCGAAAACUCAUUGAUGAACCGAGUAGUUGCUGAUGCGACCUCAUCCCAUCACGAAGAAGAAUUCAGACUCGGCUCCGAUAUUACUAUCAGGUUGGAACUCGACUAUCCUAGCCAAAGUGACACUCUGAAGUGGAAGGAAAGAGCCCUUGACGAGAAAGAGGCCACAGUUCCAGGGGAGGAGGAAGUCGUGGUGCAAGUGCGCGCGGUGGGAUUCACUCACAAGGACUAUCUUGCCACCAAAGGCCAUGGAAGCCACACCAGUGUGGGAGCAGAAUUCUCAGGCACCAUUGUCAAAGCAGGUGCAAGAUCAGGCUUUACAAGCGGGGAACCAGUACUUACCAUCGCCAGCUCAGGCUGCACCAACCGGUUGGUUGUCCCGGCCAGAUCUGUGGCGCGUAUCCCUCCGCAUCUCGGAUUUAACGAAUCCGCUGCUCUGCCUUCCGCCCUGUGGCUUUCCUAUCAUAGCUUGGUCAAUGUGGCGCGACUCCAGCCUGGCGAAACCGUAUUGAUUCUGCAUGGCUCUAGUUGUUUGGGCCAGGUGGCCUUGCAGCUGGCGAUGCGUCUUGGAGCCGAGGUCUUGGUCACAACAAGUUCUCACUCCAAGAAGGACUUUCUACAGCAGCAAUACAAGCUACCUCGAGCCAAUAUCCUCCUGGGGGGGGAUGAACUGUCCCUUCGUACCAUUCUUCAGCGUACCCAGGGUCAGGGUGUUGAUGUCGUAGUUGGUUCGUUAUCAGAUGGGGUGGACCAGCUCAACUUUACGACUUUUGUGAAGCCGUUGGGCCGCAUUAUUGAUCUCAGUCUAGACCCCUCGGCACGCAUUCCCAGGAAGGCAAAUGUUCUUUUCAUCUCUGUGCAAAUGGAUGAGUUCUUCAAACACCAACCUCGCGUUGCCUAUGAGACCCUACGACAAGCCGUUGCGUUUGCCUCAACACAACAACUUGAGCCUCCGCAGUUCUUGCAUAUCUUUCAGGGCUCUGACAUUAAGAAAAUGUUCUCACACUUUGGAGGGGAAGAUUUUGGGAAGCGCAUAGUCGAGCUUCAACCCAAUGCUUCAGUUACCGCCAGCAUGAUCGCGUUGCCACGCUCUAGCUUCUCCAAGGAUGCCACAUACGUCAUCGCUGGAGGGUUCGGUGGCCUAGGGCGCAGCCUUGUGCGUUGGAUGGCCAGGCAAGGCGCUCGUCACCUCGUCAUUCUAUCGCGCUCAGGUGCCAGAACGCCCGAGGCCGUGUCUCUUGUCCAUGACCUUGAAAGUAUGGGCACGGCAGUCGCUUGUCCAGCAGUGGAUAUCAGCAACUUGGCAAUGCUCCAAGAAACAAUCCGCCGUUUGAGUGUAGAUAUGCCUCCCAUCCGAGGAUGCAUUCAAGCUACUGUCGCCCUGAGAGAUAAUUUCUGGCCGAACAUGUCAUUCGAGGACUGGCACGUAAGCACGAGUUCCAAAGUGACUGGCUCUUGGAACUUGCAUGCCGCCCUACCCCAGGAGCUGGACUUUUUUAUCCUACUCUCUUCCGUCAAUGGCAUAUUCGGCAACCGUGGCCAGGCCAACUACGCUGCGGGUAAUACUUUCAAGGAUGCGUUGGCACAUCAUCGCAUUUCUCAGGGCCAGAAAGCGGUAUCUAUCGAUCUCGGCCUCAUGGUUGACGAGGGGAUGGUCGCCGAGAAUGAAAAAAUACUGGCUGGCAUGAGGCGCAUUGGCCAUCUAAUCGAUAUCAAUAUGGAGGAUCUAAUUGCCCUGAUGGAAUACUACUGUGAUCCAAAGCUGCCUAUUCUCAGCCAUGCUGACGCCCAGGUCUUGGUCGGUGUCGAGCUACCCUCGGCGGUCCUUGCCAAGGGCGUGGAGUUGCAUCAUUCCAUCCAUCGUCCCAUCUUUCGGCAUUUGUUUGCAAUGGGAAAUGCCCAUCUAAACUCAGAUGGCGGGCCUGCUUCGUCUGCUUCCUUGGGAAUCAAUCGCUUAGCUGCUAUCCGCGGAGCGUCAUCUGACGAUGAAGCAGCAGUUCUGGUAACAGGUUGGCUAAAAGUCAAGCUCACCCAAAUGCUGGGCUUAGCUCUUGAUGACAUGGAUACCAAGAAGCCGGCACACACAUAUGGGAUUGAUUCUCUGAUCGCCAUGGAUUUAAGAAACUGGUUUGCCCGAGAAGUCGGUGCUGACAUGCCAGUUUUUGUGCUGCUGGGAAACUCGCCCCUGGAAGAGUUGUGCCGAGAGGCAGUAGGCCUCAGCCAGUUUCGUCAGAAACACUGA